UCUCUUUACGCGCACAAUAAUAUGCUUUCUCUGUGAUUUAUGAUAUGUCAACAUCGUCUCUCUCAUCUCUCUGUAAAGACAAAACCGUGGAUCUAUCUCCUCCGACCAUUCCCCUUCUCUUCUCUUUCCCUUUCUCCUCCUCUUUCCUUCUCUCCAUCUCUUUCUUUGUUCACAGACCUGCCUAUUUUUGCAGCUAGAAUUCUUUCCUUCCAUUGAUUUGGCCUUAUCUCGUUGGUUGAGAUCUAACUUUGUUUCUUCUUCCUACUAACUUCUUCCCUGUAAAUCCCAGAUCUCUCUAAUUCUUCUUUUUCUAAUCACCUCCUUGAGUCGUUAAAGAUGACUUCUUUUCGCUCAGAUCCGACCUCCAGAAUCUACCCAGAACCAGAGUCUCUCUCAAUCGAUCACUUCGACCGCUUACCAGAUUCGCUUCUGCUCCUCGUAUUUAACAAAAUUGGAGAUGUUAAAGCGCUUGGCCGGUGCUGCGUGGUGUCUCGCCGUUUCCACUCUCUUGUUCCACAAGUAGACAACGUUGUAGUACGUGUCGAUUGCGUCAUUUCUGAUGACGACAGCUCGCCUUCCUCUUCCUCUGAGAAAUCUCGCUCUUCUGGUUCGUCUUCCGGGUUCUCUUCUCUUUUUCGGUUGGUGUUUGGUGGCAUCGUUAAGCCAUUCCAGGCUCUGGGUCAGCUGCUUGGACCCAGAAGAGAGAUGCUAAAUUCUUAUUCUUCGCGGAAUAGCCUUUUUUCAUCAUCUUCUUCUUAUUCUUCUUCUUCCUUCUCUUCGACUUCUGCAGCGUCGUCUUCUUCUUCCCUUUUUGUUGGCAACGAGGAUGAUGGGGAAAUGGAUCAGGGCGGUGUUACCCAUCAUUCCCCUACUCAGGUUCUCAAGAAUUUUAACGAAAUUAGGUUUUUGCGGAUCGAAUUGCCGAGUGGGGAAUUAGGGAUUGACGAUGGGGUUCUUUUGAAAUGGAGAGCUGAUUUUGGAUCUACCCUUGAUAAUUGUGUUAUUCUCGGUGCUGCGUCGGUAAUCAACAAUGGCCAUGGCAAAAGUUUCUCUCUUUUGCAAGAAAAUGGAGCUGAUGUUGCUUGCGGGAAUAUUAAUAAUAACAGCAAUGCUGUUGCUAAUGUUAAUAGUGUUGGUGAUGAUAAUGGAAGCAUACCCGAGUCGUUUUACACCAAUGGUGGUUUAAAGUUGAGGGUAGUGUGGACAAUUAGCUCCUUGAUUGCUGCAUCUGCAAGGCAUUAUUUGCUUCAACCAAUAAUUGCAGAGCACAAGACUCUUGAUAGCUUGGUGCUUACUGAUGCCGAUGGGCAAGGAGUGCUGUGUAUGAAUAGGGAACAGUUAGAGGAGUUAAGGGUGAAGCCUUUAUCAGCUUCUUCUGCAUCAAAGAGGACGCUUGUGCCUGCACUGAAUAUGCGGCUUUGGUAUGCACCCCACUUGGAAUUGCCUGAUGGGAUUGUGUUAAAAGGGGCAACUCUGGUUGCAAUUAGACCUAGCGAACAGUCUACUACCAAGAAGGAAGUCUCUGAUUCUUCUUGGGUUUCAACAGCAUUUGAGGAGCCUUAUGGUACUGCUGCUAAGAUGCUAGUGAAAAGGAGGACUUACUGCCUGGAGAUGAACUCAUUCUGAACAUAUCAAUGGCGCUGAGGGAAAGCGCGGAUGGUUUUGGGGAAGGUGAAUGUGCAAGUUCUUUCUAGUAGAAUGGAGAUUCGAAACCAAUUUUGCUUUUCACUUUGCCUGAAGUGGGUUCACCGUCUCAUGGAGCCUAAAUCUUGUGAGGGAUUGCCACUGCCAACGGCCAUCCUUAGUCGAUCACGCAAUGCAAGUUUGCAAUAGUUCGACGCAUAAACUAAUCAUGAAAAUGAAAAUGCAUCUGCUUGUUUUUAUUGAGGCAUAUGCUUGUAAGGGUGCACGCAUGCAACUAGAUAAAUGUUGUAAGAGCUUUGAGUUUGUAGUCAUUUUACUUUAAUCUAUAAUCUCUGUAUGUGAAAAAUUAUAGGUAUGAAUAUGUUGUGCUUAUAUUACACAUUUGACAUACAUUGAGAAAAUCCAGUUCGGAUUAACCCUGAGCCUCUUCUCUCUCUCUCCCCCUAAAUUAAUUCUAGUUGGCCUCUGUACUUCUUUUUCACAUAAAGCUGUAUUGCACCUAAGGAGUGUUUUAUUGGCAA